GUUCUUUUAGAAUCCGGGUUUCCUUUUGAUCUUAUGGAGCAUUUAUUAGAAAUCGGACAUGUUGUACAAAUAAAUAAUAUCAAUGAUAGAGGACUUUCAUCUCAAGUUCAAGCAGUUCGAAAAUUUAGAAAUGGAACUAUUCAUG